AUGGAAUAUUUUCGUUACUAUCGUAGUUGGAUGUACGAUAGAACGUUACCAGGCAGACGUGGACUUACGGCAAAUUUUGAGGAAGGAGUUAAGGGGUUUAUCACGUGGGCAUUUGCACAAGAAUGUUGUCGACGUGAAGGAGGAGUGAGAUGUCCUUGUCUUAAAUGUGAAUGUAGAUCUAUAAUUAGUGACCCAGAGGAAGUUGAACGUCAUUUGAAGAGGAAAGGUUUCAUUAAAAAUUAUUGGGUUUGGACAUAUAAUGGAGAACAACUGCCGAGUAACGUACAUGCAGACGCAACUAAUACACACGCAUCAAGCAGUCGAUCACACAUGGAAUUUGAUGAACAAUUUAAUCUGAUCGAUGAAAUGGUUGGAAAUGCAUUUGGAGUAAAUGUGACAUAUGAUGAACCUCAGGAUUUUGAUGGGGAAGAGUUGCCGAAUGAGGAAGCACAAAGAUUUUACCAAUUGUUGAAAGAAAUGAAUACACCGUUGUUUGAGGGGUCGGCAGAUUCAAAAUUAUCAAUGUGUGUGAGAUUAUUGGCUGCGAAGUCAAAUUGGAAUGUUCCUGAUCAGUGUUUGGAAUACUUUGCAAAAAUGAUGUUGGAUGCGACUCCUACGAAAGACAACUUGCCUACAAGUUAUUAUGAUGCAAAGAGGUUGGUGUCAAAGUUGGGUUUAGAAGUACGAAAGAUUGAUUGUUGCAUAAAUGGAUGUAUGUUGUUUUAUGACAAUGAGUUUGGUGUUAAUGAUGAGGCGCUGGAGGAAUGUAAGUUCUGUAAGAGUCCGAGAUAUCAAGUUCGUAGUAAAGCGAUUAACCGUAAACAAAAACGUGUAGCAGUGAAGUCCAUGUUUUAUUUGCCGAUAAUACCAAGGUUAAAAAGAUGA